AUGGCAUAUGGAGGCGGUCUAGCGUUCACCAAGGGAGCUGGUUCGAGUAAGGACGACGCUUCUGCAGGGAGUCCCCCAUCCACGGUGAAGAAUGGUGGCAGUAUGAGAAUGGCUGCAUUCCAUGAUGAGUACGAAGAUGAACUUGAUGAGGAAGAAGAUAACGCAGAGGAAGAGGUGACUCAACGGACGUCAAUGAGCCAACCAUCUUGGCUUAAUCCUUCCCAAUCCUCGAACAUACAGAAAUAUGGUAUAGGGGCCAAGUUGAUGAUGAAGAUGGGUUACCAAGAGGGAAAAGGUUUGGGAGUCAAAAAUGAAGGUAUUGUACAGCCAAUUGAAACCAAAUUGCUUCCUAAGGGACUCGGAGUUGGAGCAUUUAGUACCCAUGAGCAGGAGGUCAAGCUGGAUGUGGAUUCAAGCGAUGACGAAGACAAAGCUCCAAAAGUGUCGUUAUUCGAAAUCAUAGAGGAAUUACAAGGCAAAGGCAUUGAUGUGCCCUUGAAGUACAAGAUCCUCUCCGAUGAAAAAGAUAGACGUGAUGACGAAGAAUUACGCAAGGCGUUUGCCAAACUUACACGAAUAAGCCAGGAGUGGACAGAGGCAGAUACGCUGGAACAGUUUUUGAAUUACCAGCUUGAGGCAGGAACGAAGACAGCCGAAAAGAACAAAAGAGACUUGGAGUCUGCUGAGAGAGUAUUGUCAUUGCUCCAGUCCAAAGCAGUGUCCCAAAUGCUCGAGAUUGAUGAUGCCACGGAAUCAAUAGAAGCCACCACCACGAUAUUGACCAGCUUGGUCUCUGAGCCGUACAGAGACUUCACAUCCAUUAAAAGCGUUUUUGCUUCCAUUGUUGGGUCAUGUUUACCCAAGCUAUUCCAGGGAGAUAUCGAGUCUACUUCCAACGAGAACAGUCUACUAAUUACAACCUUAUCUUCAUGGUCGUUCUUGUAUAGAGAACUUACGAUCACAACCGACAACAGCAUGGACCCAUUUGAUUCUGUGGUCUACUGUGCUUUAUCCGAGAAAAUGCAACAGUUUCUUGCUUCGAAAGAACCGGAUGAAGAACACCUUAUAGACAACCUCAACUUAUUGCAGACUUGGUUGCAUGCCCCCAUUUUUGUGAAUCCCGAGGUUGCUAUUCAAGUCAAAUUCACCCGAGAAGUGAUUUCCCCUUACUUCACAACCCAGAUCGAGAAAUGGUAUCCUGACAAAAGAUAUGCAUUUUCCCCGACUUUCAUCAUAGAUUUCAUUUUGCUCCUCUGUCCGGAGAAUGCCAUAGAGUUUCAAGAGGUGUUGCAAUUGAUACUACAAAAAUACUUGAGAUUCGUGGAUAUAGGCUCCGACAAAUCACUCUGGAGAGUCACCGAUACCGAGAUGGUGAGAAGCGAGCUUGGUACUCUAAUGGAGGUUUGGUCUAAAGUGUUCGACCAGUAUCUUGGGCCAGAAAAGUUCUACAAUAUCAAGGACGUAUUGACGUCUUCACUCCUUGAAUUUCUCAAUAGCUGGACUAUUGGCGAGGAGAAAGACCUACAGAGGGUGCUUCAGAUCGGAGCGAGUGGGAUUAUGGGCCAGAAUGACUUCGAGAUUAUCCUCCAAUUUCAAGUGUUCAAUCCAUGGGUUAGUACCUUGGGAACGAAGUGUAAAGAGAAUAAGAUCCAGGUACAAGAAUAUUUCCGUCGGUGGUUCGACUUAUGGAGUAAGAGCCACUGGAAGCAGCACCCUUUAGUGCUUUGGUAUUUCAACACGGCAUUGGAUCACAUCGAGACAUCUGCUCCCAUGAUUCUACCUACGCUCAUGGGCUCUUCUGCACCAACCACCAACGAAAUACGCAAAUUUAUCGACAGAGAAGUAACUGAGGCUGCUAGUACCAUCAACGUCAACGGGAUUCCCUCCUAUAAGCUCGUUACAUCCUUCAAAGAUGUGGUCAGUGCAUAUUGUACCUCGCACGGGUUUUUAUUCAGUUCUACCAACGAGUUCCACCCGACGUUGGGUCACCCACUUCACCGCAUCCAGCUCGCCAGCUUUAAGGCAUGGGCGUUCAUCCAUGAAGACGUGCUCUGGAUUUGCAGGUCUUAUGACGGAGACUAUACUCCCAUUUCCCUCGAGCAGCUUGAGUGA